AUGGCUCCUUACAUGCCUAUUCUUUUGAUUACUUGUACGGUGAACGCUGCUAAGAAACCCAGUCCUACUGUUGCUAAUUCUCCAGCUUCUGUCUCUUCCGCAUCGGAACCAAGUACUACGGUGACAAUCAAUGGCAAGACAAUGGUAUAUCCUCCACUCGAUACUACACCUGAUCCAAAUGAUCCUGUCGUCCAAGAAUAUAUUAAGGGAUUAAAUUUAAGUUCAGUUCCAAACCUUCCGCGUUCUAAUGGUGGUGUACCCAAUCAUCUUCAACCCACUUGCAAUAGUUCAACCCAACUCGAUCCAGACCAAGGAUCUUGGACUUGUCAAAAGCAUACUGCUUCCGAUGAUAUUCAAGAAUGUCCAACAGUAGGAAAUUGGGGGGUAACUUAUGAUGAUGGCCCAUCGGAGUCGACGCCUCAGUUGUUGGAUACUCUAGAUGAAUGCAAUUUGAAAGCCACAUUCUUUGUCGUUGGUAGCCGCGCAGUUUCUAAUCCUGGUAUUCUUGCAGACGCUUACAAAAGAGGUCACAAUAUCGCUGUGCAUACUUGGUCACAUCCUGCACUUACUUCUCUUUCCAACGAACAAGUUAUCGCUGAACUAUAUUGGACAGUAAAGGCUAUCAAAGAUGUUUGCGGCGUCACGCCUAUUUACUAUCGUCCCCCAUUUGGCGAUACCGACAAUCGUGUUCGUGCAAUUACACGUGCAAUGGGUUUGAAAACUGUUCUCUGGAUUCCGACCUUUGACAGCAAUGAUUGGAAACUUGUCGCCACUCCACCUGAGAAAGAUGACGUUGUAAUCAAUACUUUUAAUAAUUGGACACAAAUAUUCCCGACUAUGUCCACAGGAUUUAUUGUUCUUCAACAUGAUCUUUAUCCUCAAACUGUAGCUGCGGCAAUUAAAGUCCUAAAAUUAGCUGUCAAAGUUAAGGGUUUGAAUAUGACUACAGUACCUCAAUGUGUAGGAGAUACCAAACCAUACUUAGAAGUUGGAGGUAGCCCAGGACAAUAUUAA